AUGGCGGACCUGGCAGUGAGCUUGGCCAAAUCGGUGGUGGAGGGGGCUGUGACCAAGGCCCUGGCGGCGAUUGAGGAGGAGGCAACGCUGCGGCAGAGCACGCAGAACGACCUGGCGUUCAUCACCGGUGAGUUCCAGAUGAUGCAGUCCUUCCUCAAUGUCGCAGAUGAGGAGCGCGCCAGGAACAACGUGGUGAGGACCUGGGUGAGACAGGUCCGUGACCUCGCAUACAACGUGGAGGACUGCAUCGAGUAUGUGAUCCACCUUGACAAGGCGUCAGACUGCCACUGCCGCUGCCUCCCAGGCUUCAUCAGGCCAGAGCUGCCGCUGGACAAGGCAGUCGCCGAGAUAAAGCUGCUCAAGGGCAGGGUUGAGGAGGUGAGCCUUAGGAACAUGCGCUACAACCUCAUUAGUGAUUCAGGUUCCAAGCCCGUCACGCAGCAACAGUUGGUGCCUGGUGCUUCUGUCGGUGCCACAACAUUUGACAUGCUCGUCAAAGCAAGAGAUACCACAAAGAUGCAACGAGGAUUAGGAGAUCUGACCAAGUUGUUGAUCACCAAGAAACCUGGUGGAGACCUUGGAGUGAUCUCAGUGUGGGCAGCAGGUGGCAAUGCUGAUACCACACCCAUCAUCAGGGAGGCUUAUGGCAAACCAGAAAUAUGUGACAGCUUCAGAUGCCGUGGCUGGGCAAAGCUGUCGCACCCUUUCAAUCCCCAUGAGUUCCAGCGGAGCUUGCUGAUUCAGUUCCACACAAACUCAUGCCUACAAAAGAAAUCGGGUGUAGACGUUGGUACCCUCAAGAGAUUGGAAGUGGCUGCAGAAGGCGAACUUAUUGAAGAGUUCAUGGAGCAAAUGAAGGAGAGGUACCUGAUUAUCCUGGAAAAUGUUUCCAGUAUGGUAGAGUGGGACACCGUCAGAGCUUACCUGCCUGAAGAGAAAAAUCACAGCUGGGUCAUCAUCUCUACUCAGCAAUCUGAAGUCGCUAGGCUGUGUGUUGGAGAUCCAUGGCAAGUGUUUGAGCUUAAGCAGUCCUCAGCCGAACACUCUGUAUGUGUCUUCUUCAGGGAGGGUUCUCAAGGCGACGGAGAUAAAAGCAAGCAAACCACUAUGGUGAUGGCUAACAAUAAUGAGGCAUCAUCAUCAAUGGGUGUCCAAAACAACACUGAUAUGUGUAUUGGUCGAUUCCCCCUAGUUAAAGUACGUGAUUCACAGAUGAAAGAUCUCCGUGGCUAUUUAGCCAGGGCGUGUGUUAAUGGUGUUCCUGUGAUAUCCGUGUGGGGGAUAGCUGGUGUUGGGAAAUCAGCUCUAGUCAGGAACUUAUACUACGACAUAAUGUAUGACAGUAGCAACAGAAUAUUUACCAUGUACAGUUGGGUGGAUGUAUCACAUCCAUUCAAUUUAAGGAACUUGGCUUGGAGCUUACUUUCACAACUUCAGUCAGAUUCUCCUCAGCAAAAUGGAAUCAGCAAUCCCAUUCAAGAGUGUCAUGAGCUUCUGGAGAAGCAUCGCUGCCUUGUCAUUAUAGAUGGUUUGCAAUCCACAGAAGAGUGGGAUCUAAUACGACAUUACUUGGUAUCUACACAUUGUAGAAGCAUUAUCGUUGUGAUUACAACUGAAGCAAGCAUAGCCAUACAUUGUGCAAAUCGAGAAGAGGCCAUGUACAAUGUCAAAAGUCUAGAAGACGAUGAAGCACGUGAUCUCUUCAAAAAGAAGGUAGGCACAUUUCCAGAUUCGUCCGCUUUAAGGGAUUCUAAAGAUCCGAGCUUGAAAACUUAUUUCCAUGUGUGGCGGACUUCCCAAAAUUAUCUCAAGCCAUGUAUCCUCUACCUGUCCAUUUUCCCGCAAGGCCAAAGCAUUCAACGGAGGCGUCUAGUGAGGCGGUGGAUCGCAGAGGGUUACUCGAGGGACACGUCCAACAGGUCAGCUGAGGAGAAUGGGGAGAAAUUCUUCUCGAUGCUCCUUGAUCUGAGUAUCAUCCAGCAGACUCCACAUUCAGUCACCACUGCAGAUACAAGAACGGUCAUGUGCCAAAUCAAUGGCUUCUUCCGCGAGUACAUCAUAUCAAGGCAAAAGGAUGAGGACCUUGUCUUCGAACUGGAGGGCAGGGACACCUCCAUAGUCACUUUGCCACCAUCCAUCACCAAACUUAUCAAGCUGCAAUACAUCCGUGCUGGCACAGCCAAGGAACCAUCAGUAGCAUGUGCUCAUUUGUCAUGGUUGCCUUGCUGCCGCAGAGCUUGUCCUGUAGGUGGUGUUCAGGUGCCUGCAGGGAUUGAGGAACUUACAUCCUUGCACACUCUUGGUGCCGUCAAUGUUGGUUUUUCAGGGGGCAACACCAUCCUGAAAGAGCUCAAGAAGCUCACCCAAUUGCACAAGCUCAAGCCACUUGAAGAUGGUGAUGGUGACCUUAACUUUUGUGUCAAGGUGAAUGGAGUAGAGCAGCGCAGUUAUUUGAACGUCAGGAUACUUGAGAUUGCUUGUAACUCUGAGUUAAAUGUAUCCUUUGGAUCAUUAGCAAUGGAAAAUCUUGAGCUGCUGACAGCUAAAUGCUGUACUGGGUCGGCAGUGAAGUUUGCUGAGCUAAAGAGUCUGUCUAAAGGAAAACUCAAGGAGGUGUGGUAUUUGGGUUCCCUUGACAACAAAGUUAAGGUGGACAUGGAGAAUCAACUUAACCAGCAUCCUAAGACACCUGCUUUGAAACUGGAGGAACCAUGUUCGUCCUGA